AUGAAGGAUGAGCAGGUUGCUAGUAUUAGUGACCAAGAGAACUCCAAAGCUCCAGGUUCUGCUUUGUCCGCCAUGAACGAGAUCUGUUUGCAGAGCGACCCAGUGGAACCCAAAGUUCUGCAUCUGGAGCACAACCACGAACGUCCCGAAGUUCCCAGCACAUGGGGAGAUUUUGAAAGUUUCAGUGAAUGCAACCCACAAUCUGAAGAUUUUUAUUACUCUGAUGAUGUGCAAGCUGGGCCAUCACAGCAGGACUCUCCCAGUACAAAUGGACAUCUCUCGGCUCCUUCCAAUGGAGAUGGCUUGUCUGAGCAAACAGGACGGGAGUCUUUUCUGCUACCAGAAGGGGACACAGAAGUCUUCAAGAACAUUUUUAGGGAUAGCUUUCCAGACGCACCUGUGAGCCACUGCAAAGAGGAUGUGAAAAGUUUACACCAACUUCUGGUGCCAUCUCCUGAAGAAAGAUGCGAUGGUGAAUCAAUAAAGACCCGGUUAUGGCCCAGUUGCAUCGGCUUAGACCAAGUUGACAAUAUCUCCGCUGCUAAACCGGCUUACGACUGGAAGAAUUCUCACGGUUGCAAGAAUCUUUUGGAUCUUCUUCAAGUCGAUUGCUCUGAGAAACCCUUAGAAGAUGAAGAUCGACCUUUGGAUGAUAUUACCUGUAGUGAAAUGUUUAGUGGGGAUGGAACUCUUAGCCCCCCUGGAAGUAAAGCACUUAUACAGACCAAGCUGCACGUGGCCCCAGGUUCCAAGCACGGCCACAUAUUUUCAUAUGAACUCUUUUUGAAGAAGUCACCUGCCGACGUCACUUUGCCUUUUCUCACAUUUAACGGGAAGAAAAGUUUUUUCAACACAAAUCUUCUACGGCUUAAUUUUUAGAUAUUUAUGGCAUAACCAGCGUUAUUUAAAGAAAAGACUAGUUGUGUUUAUAAAUUUUAUCUAUGUAUUUAACUUAUUGCACUAUACACCUCUGGUGCUUCCCAUCAAAAAUAUGAAUGCUGUAUUGUUGUGGGGCUGCAAAAACACAUUGGACGUGAUCUUCAGGACUACCGUUAAAAACGUGGUUCUACUUAAACACAGACUUCUGAAGUAAAAAAUUGCUAGUUCAA